UCGUCAGACAAUUUUCAAAUGUAAUACAUAUGGUCAGAUAAAUUAUUAAAUACUGAAAUUUAUUGCGUUAAGCCUUGCAACGGGCACGUUGCUGAUUAUCCGUUAUUUCCGGGAAUAAUAUUAUUGUAAAGCGUUUAAAAUACCCAGAUUAAGUCGCCAAGGUACAUGCAUGUCCAAACAACUAUGGCGUCCAGUAAGAAAAUGGAUGAUCUGAAUCUUUCAUCAGAUGAAGUUAAACGUAUUGGGGAAGCUCUUAAGAAUGAAGAGUUUAGGAAACUCUUUGUGGAAUACGCAGAAGAAAUAUCUGACCCUGAGAACAGGAAAAAAUAUGAGGAAGAGAUCGCACAAAUGGAGAAUGAACGAGGGAUGAACGUCCAGUUUGUUAAUCCAGAGCCUGGGCAUUGCAUCAAAACGAGUGUCGACGGUGACACGAAGGCCUUCGUUAAUAUCUGUAUGAAUGACAAAAUUGAGACUCCACGCUCCAAACCUCAAGUCGAUUCCAAUGGCCGUAAAGGACUACACUGGCAAAUUCCUCACUCAUUUUCUCCGCCUCGAGAUGAUAUUGUUAAAUCUGGUGGGAAAUGCAAAGUUUUUGAUGUUGUUUUCCAUCCAGAUACAUACCGAAUGGGAGAGAAUCCACGCUUCAUGAAGCUUAUUGAGGACACUGCUAUUGAAGGAAUUGAAAACCAGUUUGGGGUAAAAAUUGACCGAAAGAAUUUGAAACCCAUGAAAAUGAAAUACAAAGGUAUCCCUGUUGCAACCGUCAUUCGAACAAAAUCUGACCAACCAACUGAAACGUCUGAUGAAGAUGCUGACAGUAUUCUGAAGAAUCUUCCCUACCCAUACGAUAAUAAGACAAGUGCUGAAAAAAGUAAAGAGAUGCAAGAGACAGUGAAAAAUAAGAAGAAUCUAGAAUCUCAGAAAACUAAACCCCAGGUUCAAGAGAAAAGAGAUGGACCAUCUGAGCCAAAAUAUUCCAUUACACAUAGGUCCAAUAUCGACUUGCAGGAGUAUCGAAAUGCACCAGAUGCCAAGACCAGUACUAGACCAAAUGAGUUAGAAGUCAAGAUUGAGUUACCACUGUUAAACUCAGCAAAGCAGGUGAAUCUUGAUGUCUUUGAAAAAAGACUAUCUUUGUCAUCAGAAAACCCAGCAAAGUACAAGUUAGACAUAAAUCUGCCUUACCCUGUGGAUGAUGAGCAAGGUUCUGCCAAAUUUGACAAAGCAAAACACUAUUUGAUUGUAACCUUACCAGUGUUACCAGGAGAACAAGUUGAGAUGCCAUUUUCUGGAACUAGAGAUGUAGAAACUCAAGAAGAACAAGUUUUCCUAAACCAUCAAGAAGAACCUCAAAAACUCAUAGAAGAAAUUCCACAGCUUGAUGAUCUACCAGAUUUAGAAGAAAUUGAUACUGUGGAAGAGACUCAUAUAUUAUUUGAUACUGAAUCCCCCAAAUCAGAACCUCUAACAUCCACUUUUCAAUCAGAGCCCCCUCUUCCCAAAAUUGCCUAUGGAUUUCCUGACUUUACUUUCAGCCAGGACCCUGAGGCUGUGUCUUUUGUUUUAAAUGUUUGGAAUGUCACAACAGACUCGGUGUCCAUAACUUAUCUCUCUCCAUGCUGUUGCCAAGUUCAGUUUUUGUCACUGGGAUCAGGAGGUUUUCCUGUACAUUAUCGGUUCAUUGCCAAGUUUGAGGAAGGUUGCGAAAUUGUGCCGGAGCAUUGCACAACAGAUGUGAAUGAAACCAAUGUUGUGUUGACCAUCCUGAAGGCAAAGAAGGCCAGAAGAGACUGGAAUAAAUUCUAUGCAGGCAGCAAUCAAGAUGAACUUCAGGAGUACUUGUUCGUGACAGAAAAAAAUCUGCAGGCGGAGUUGAAUCAACUGACAGCAGAAACAGAAGCGGACGAUCAGUCUGAAACCACAGCUUCAGUUGUUGUGACUGAGAUGAAUAAAAAGAAACUGGCGAUAAAAAUCAAGAAGAAUAAGCAGCAACAUGUAAACAAACAGCCAGUGUCACUAUCAGGAUCAAGGACUGUCACCCCGCUGACCGAUUCUGAGACUGAGGAGUUAAAUACAGCUGAUCGAGGCCCACCGUCAGAAGACAUUGAGGUUGUUUAUGAUCAAGAAACCCCCAAUUUGCAUGGAAUUUUAAAGCAGCGUUCAAUAUCGGAGUCCAGUGAAGAUUUGAUCAGCUCCAACAGCAGCUGCAGUCCCAGCAGUCCGCGAGAAGAACUGUUUGGAUUCAAGAAAUCUGUCAAGUUUAACGACCGCAUCGACCAGGCAACGUUCCGCACAGGGGCAGCUGUUACUUCUAUGACUACAGCUCUGAAAAGCAAGCGUCGCAGAAACAGGAAAAGAGAGGAAAAGAAAGGUGGCCGCCAGCGUGUAAACAGUGGGGGAUCAGAAGGUACAUCCAGCGGAGAAGAAUUGGAAGUGAAGCAGGAUGUGGAAGAAGAGUUGAAGAUCCUAGACAGCAAUCUGCAGGAAGAGGAGGAACACAGGAAUGAUGGGAAGGACACAGAGGUAGACUUAGAGGAGGUGCAAUCAAGUCACAGUGGAGGAGAGCAAGAAGAAAAUGAAGAGGAAAUUGUCUCAACUGUGAUAAAGACGUCUAGUGAGGCCUCGGAGUGUGUCGAAAGCAAGCUGGUGAAAACUAUCAAAGAGAAGUUGUCCAUGGCUAAGCCAGAGCAGUACAAUGAUAGUGAUGAUGAUGGUGGAGAAAAUGAAAUGGAAAAUGAAAGUGGUAGGAAAGAAGAGGAAGUUCAUGUGAUAAUCAAAGACAAACCAUUAGAUUAUCGGACUAAACCGGCAGAUCUAGGUGAUUCUAAGCAAUCAAAAUUCAUAGAGCAGCUAGAUGGAUCAUCCACCACAUCUGCCAAGCAGAGUGGUGAAGAUUCUGGUGUGGAGAGUGGGCUUGAUGGGCCUGGAGAUUCCUCUGAAAAGGCAGGUGAUAAGGUGGAGUCUUCCCUCAGCUGGGAGGAGAAGCCUAAACCCGACCCUGUGUCCACGGCCCCAGAUGACCUAACCAAUCAGGACCACCGGACUCAGUGUGCAUUCUCCUUCUCCAAUGCCAUAAUGUUUGAUCUUGAUGUUGAUUAAGUCCAAAAAAAAAUUGUACCUCCUUUUUGUAUAGAUGUACAACUUUGUUAAGAUUUUCAUUAGAGUGCUCAUGAUAUACUGUUUUUCAAUACUGUUUUUCAAUCAAUUGAUUGUAAAGAUUUAUUGUGAUACAUUUUAGUACAAUUUCAUUGACCUGUCAAUCACAGAUUGACACUGUUGUUUAAGGCUGUGUUCAGAUUUUUUCUUGAAUGGAAUAAACACUAAACCUAUGAA